GCUUCUCUGGGCUGCGUCCUAGGCCUAUUACUCGAAGCACCAAGGUACCUGGCGCGGGCAAGAAGAAGAAACCCAAGGUGCAUGGGGAGCCGUUCUCUCGGAUUGCAAAGAAUAGAAAGGACGAGGAAAGGGCUAAACGACAGGCAGAACGCUUGAAGGGCAAAACAUGGGACGAAGGCAUUCCGCCGUGAGUGAUCAGACGAAUCUACAUAUUUAAGCGUUCAUGCUACAAAUACUGUUGCCGACACCUUCAAUGGAACUUAUGAGGGACACCCUGAGUCUGGCGACUUGCAGCCCCGCCUUUGAAGAGCGGAACAAUCUGAACAUGACCAUGCAACAGGCGAAUACACUCGAUCGGAGAGGAGAAGAAGCUCGAAUACUGCUACCGCUCCAAACGAGAAUCAAAAGCCAAACGAGACUGAAAAGCCGUCCGUGGCCAGACCCUACGGGCUCAGCCUUCGAACAUGCCAAGUCUAAGAGGACACUCUCCUUAUGGUAUCUAUGCAACGCUACAUGCCCUAUCAGAUUUGAAGUAUAGUGUCACCCACUGCGGGAAGCAACGGUCUUCGGUCGCAUGACACGAUAGUCCUACCUUCGUUGCGGAAGCCUUGCGUACGGGCGGCGGGCGGGCGGUGACUGCUUCGGCCGGUCAGCUCAAAGCUCGGAAUGCGCUGGACUGCAGCGGCAUGGAAAAGGCACUUACCAUAUAUGGGGAAUAUGAAACGUGUGAUGCUGCGGCCACGUCCCAGAGGGACUUCAGUGCUCGACGGCGCAAUGCCUGACGUUGGAAUGGCGGCGCGCUUACUUAAAACACAUGGGCGUACACACGCAGCACAGCGGCGAUGACUGUGCAACGUGACGGUCGUGGUUCGUUGUGAAACAAACCUGUCGGGGCGCCCAUAGCCCUGGGUCGCUCUGGUUCGUGCGGGUGCGAGGCUUAAACAUCGUGGCGCCGUUAGUUUUUUUUGCCUGGUUGUGCUCUUUUGCCAUUCUUGCCCGGGGGGUGUCGCACAUGGCACAUCGUCCAAGUGUAGUGGAACGCGGUGAAGAUAGAGGCUCGGUAGAUGAAAAGGUGCGGUGAUUUUCUUGAGCAACUUUCCGCAAUCCUUUCGCGGCUUCCUUGGUGAGAAAGAUUCCACCGUGCUGAUUGAGAACAUUUAUUGUGAGGUUGUUUG